GACAGUUUAAAUUAAUAUGAAGUAUUUUCAUGAGGUUUGUUUACACAACUUAAAACAUGAAAAUGGACAUAUCAUCUAUUCUAUUGUUUUAUUUUCUGGCUAAUGCAAUAACAGGAGAAGUUCAAAUUCGGUUGAACGGAUAUGACGUCAAAAGGGUACCUGGUGAUAACGUCAUAAAAGUUGUAGAGCACGACUCGGCAUUAUUAAAAUGUUUUACAUUAUCCACGGCAUCCAUAACCUGGGCGAUUACAAAACCAAUGAUCGGGUCAACAACAAUACAUAACGAUACGAUUCUGAUUCCCGUAAUACAACCGGAGGACAGUGGAGAUUAUACCUGCAAGGUGGUCUCAGACAUGAACAAAAACACGACUAAAGUGAAAAACAUCACCUUGGAGGUCGUGUACAUGAAAUCUCCCGCCAUUUCUGGUCACUUGGCUAUGUUUGAAGACGAGACGGUAGAACUAUCGUGCGCGGUGGAUGCUAACCCGACACCUCAGUAUGAAUGGAGGAACGAUAACGAAUUAACCAUCUCGAGGGGACAAACAUUAAACAUAACGUUGGAUAAAAGUCGGAUUCGCCCAUAUAACAGUAGCUUUCAAAUAAAAUUCAAAUGUGUAACAAUCCGCAUGCUUAUACCAAGUUUUGGUAGUGGACGUCGGGCGGAAGGAAGUGUUCGAAUAAACGUUACUGUGUAUAGGAGCGUCAAAAUGCAAGGUUUCGAGAAUGGGGGUAACUAUUUCAACGUCGCGAAAGGGGACACUGUUGACAAAGUAUGUCUAGCGUUGGCCUACCCUGAACCACAAUUUUGGUGGACUAAAUCUUCGAACACGACGUCUGAAGUCAUUAUUGCGUCGGGCCAACGUUUGGUCAUAAAAAACGUAACAGUAAAGGCGGACGGAGUAUACACGUGCCAUGCCUCGAAUUUGGUUACGUUAAAAAAUGGCAAACUUUUAACAACAUCGGACAGUACAGAUCUUCAGGUUAUCGUAUUCACUUCACAAACCGAUCUUCAAGAAACAGCAAGUCCAAACUGCAAAUGUACGUCCGAACUGUUAUUUUCUAGAAAAAGAGAUUUAAUAAUAGCUUUGACUAUAGGCUGGGGCUUUGCGAUAAUAACGCUCGUGGUUUAUAUCUGCCAUAUUCGAAAAUUGAACAGGAACACUGAGCAAAAUACAACAGAAGUUAAGAGCGAGACAACUGCUCAUGCCAGGGGAAAUGUUGAAACCAGAGUGCCUUUACCACACACUCCCGAUCAGAGCAGUUGGGACAGAAGUUUAGAGUCAACCCUUCCCAAAUAUACUGAUAAUUCUCAGUAUUUUGAAAUACACGCACUUCAUGGAAAUCCUGUUCGUGGCAACGCCGAUAAGGGCUAUGGACGUCAGGAUACUAAUACAUGUAGUGCGGAGGGAAGUUCAACUGAGCUUAAACACCCCUCGAAUGACGCGGGCCCACAAACAGGGCGUCUUCCCGCUGAUAGUCACGUAUACGAUUAUUUGGAUAUAAACAGUUCUGAGGGAAGUGAAACUGAACUUAAACAGCUCUAGAAUGACGCGGGCCCCCACACAGGGAGUCUUCCCGCUGAUAGUCACGUAUACGAUUCUUUGGAUAUAAACAGUUCUGAGGGAAGUGCAAUUGAACUUAAACAGCUCUAGCAUGACGCGGACCAACGAACAGGGUGUCUUUCCACUGACAGUAACGAAUACGUUGAUUUGGAUAAAAACGUAAUACGGCUUAUUCUUAUAUACAUCCUUUUUAAUUCGUCAGAGUGACGGAAAACCCUUGUUUUGUGGUUUGUGUUGUUUGUGAAUUUGUGUGUUAAUGUUGCCGUUAAGCUGGGUUUAUUUUAAGCUUUCGAAUACUGGACUUGUUUCUGCAGGUUUUUUUUUUAACUUGGACCUACAGUCUUAUAACAGUAGAAACUUUUCAUUACGACCUUCUUUUGUCUAACACAUUGUACAACCGUGGUAGCAUAACAAUUGACCCUCGAUUGUCAAAGCAAAAGGAAUUAACCCUACCAAGAAAGAUCGUCAUAAAUGCUACGCAGGUAAAAAGGCUUAAAGGCAGUAUUUGUAAGAGCUAUUAUAACUGUAUAUACGUAUGCCAAUAACUUUGUCAAUUUUAAGUCUCGUAAUCUUAUUUGUAAGCUGACUUAGUGGCAGAUAUUAAUGGACUAUUACACUUAUGUUUAAGUGCACAAAUAACGCAGUUAAUGUUAAGUCUCCUGUAUCAACUAUCAUAGUGUCUUUGUAAGAUAGCGUAAAAGCAGUAUCAAGAAAUACUUUACUAGAACUGUAUAUAAGUUCAAAAGAAACACUGUCAAAUUUUAGUCUCUUUUUCCAACUAUCUUAGUAUCUUAGUAAGCUAGCGUAAAGGCAGUGUCAAGAAAUACUACACUUGUAAAGGCAGUGUGAAGAAAUACUACACUAUCUGUAUAUAAUUACAAAAGAAACACUGACAAGUUUUAGCCUCGUAUCCAAAUAAGGCAGUAAUAAGAAAUACUAUAUUCUCAACAGAAUGACUUCGGGGGAUAGUGAACUACGCAUGUAGGAUGCGGAAUGGUUUAAAUUAUUCAUUCAAUGUAUAAAAUGGUGGGCCUUUACCUUAAAACACAGAUACUUGAAAGUAUGGGGCUUACUGUAAAGUUGAACGUGGCCUCAGCUAGGUAAAAUCAGUAUUGAGCCU